GGAAGGAGAUCACAAGACAAGGAUCAAAUAUGCUAAAGCAAAGCGUGCUGGUGAUGGUGCUUACGAUAACUAUAAUGGGUGCAAUGCCACUCACCCAAAGCUUAAAACUGAAGGCAGGGAAUUGGGGUGCAAGUUUUGAAGGGGAGAAUAAGGAGACAGUGACGAACCUGCAAUUUUUCUUCCACGACACGCUCAGUGGGAAAAACCCAAGUGCGGUUCAGGUGGCUCAACCGGUCGACAAAAACAAGUCAUUCACGACACUGUUCGGGGCAAUCAUGAUGGCGGAUGACCCGCUAACCGAGACAUCAGACCUGACGUCCAAGUUAGUGGGCCGGGCCCAAGGGCUUUAUGGAUCGUCGUGUCAGCAGGAGAUCGGGCUUUUGAUGGCCAUGAGUUUCUCCUUCACAGACGGCCCAUAUAAUGGUAGCUCGUUUGCCCUUAUGGGAAAAAACUCCGCCAUGAACCCAGUCCGUGAGAUGCCCAUUGUGGGUGGCACGGGCCUAUUCCGUAUGGCACGUGGCUAUGCCCUUGCCAAGACUCACUGGCUCGAUCCCACCACCGGCGAUGCUAUUGUCGGCUACAACGUUACACUAGUUCAUUAA